UUUGGUAUAUUUUGAUAAUUCGACUUCAAACCAAUAAUUGUACUUAAAAGUUAAAUGUGAAUUGCAAAGGGAUAUUAAAAUGUUCUCUCUAAAUAAUAAUGUUGAACUAAGGAGGGUGACUAUAUCAAGUUUAAUAACAUGCAUUUAUUUGCCAAGUAUCAUAACUGUUAUCAGUUAUAAGGGUUUAUUAUACUCAGUUGGAAAUGCCUCCUCCUGUUACGUAUUAUUUCUUAUUUUCGUGGCUGAAUUGAUGAAAUCAUUUUAUCUCAAUUCCAACAAUGGUCUUCAAAACAAAAGGAAAACAAGUAAGACAACUGCUAGUGAUAUCGCUAAAGCCACAAUAUUUUUGAUUGCUGCCAUGUUUUCUUUUUUCAUCGGAAUUAUACUAUUUGGUGCACCGGUCUUAGAAUAUCAUGAAGAAACGCUUAUGUUAUCAACUGUUUUAACACUUCUAACUCUAUUUCCACUAAUUGCACACACUGGUGUGGAGUCUGCUGUACAAUUGUUGUUUGGAGUGAGAAGUUUCUCUCGAGACACGAUUAUAGCUAUGUUGGUGAACAAUGCCUUAUUAACCGUAUGUGGAGCUUGGUUUGGAGCGGUUGUGAUCCCCUUAGACUGGAACACUCCAUGGCAGAAAUGGCCAAUACCAUGUUACUUGGGAGCGAUUGGUGGCUACCUCAUAUCAAAUGUCUUAACAGUGACAAAGGUUACCAUGAUGUCAGCCACUGCUAAAUAUCCCAUUUUUAAAUUAGGCAUCAGCAUCAUAAACAGACUUCACAUUUCUAAGUAAUUAUUAUAAUAUAAUAAAAAAUUGUUGCAUUUAAAUUACUGAAUUUAUUACAUUUACACUCCUAACAAAAACUGUUUAAUGUUAAUAUUUUUGUAGGUUGAUAUUUCAUAUAAAAAUACAUCUUUGUCCUGAUUGAUCUUGUUAUAUAUAACAAUGUUGUACUUGUAAAUAUUGUGACUUAUUCCGCUUCAAAUACUGUCGGUAAUUCAAUAUAUCUUCAUAGAUUAAGUUUUGCAAUGCUAAGUGAGAUUAAUUGUAUGAGGCAUAGUUUUUGUAACAUUUGUAAUGUUCUGGAUUCCCUUUAUUAUAUGACUAUAAAGAACAUAAGCUUUGUGUAUUUUUAAAAUCUAUUUCAUGUAUAUUGUUAAUAGUAACCUUUUUUAACACCAGCUUCCUCAAUAUGGACUUUUUAUCAUAGUUUAAUAUCAAAUGAAAAAUAUAAAACCUUGGUGUUAGAACAUUGUAAAUAUAUGUUUUAUUUGCUUUAUGAAAAAAUAAUUCUUAUAUUGUUCACUAUUGAAAUGUCUACAAUUAUAUUUUGAGGCUAUUCUGUUACUGUUACUAAGUUUCCUUUUUUUUGGAUUUAAAAAUAAGUGUCAUGUCUAAUGUUUUUCAUAAAUCAUUUCAAAGUUACCAGUAUUAAUCACCUCCGUUGUGUAUUAUAGUUAUUAACUGUUUAAAAAAUAUGUAUUAGAAAUAAAAUUUAUUUCCGUUUAUCGUUGUAUCUGACCGAGUCGGUUUCCCUGGAACAUUAUUACAUAUUUUUUUUUACCACAUUACAAGAAAACACACAUUUAGUAAAUUAAUAACUUUAUUUUGUGUUUGUUAAAUAUUUACAUAGCCUUUUUGUUUAUUUUUUUUUUUUAUAAAAUAUGAAAAUUAACCAAUAUCCAGUUACAUCACAAAUCCAUAACUAUAGCAUUUGAUUCACAAUUCAUGCUCCCAUACAUCUACAGCCAAAUCUCAACAAUAAUAGACUUUGCAAAACAUAGUGAAGUAACAAUAAUCAAGACAAAGUUCCUCUAGAGUCUAGUGAAUACAAUAGUUUUGUUAACCAAUUAAUGUAUGAACAGCCAGCUUAGAACUAUCAACAGCUGAUAUUUUUUGUGACCAAGCUUACCGAAGUCACAUCACUAUAAACAAUACUAAACACUGACGAUACAAGAAGGAUUUAUGGAAAA